AUGGACCGCGCGCGGAGCAGUGUCGCAGCAGCGGACGACGAGGAGAUCCAGAAGCAGGAGCCGUUGCCUGAGGACAUUGAGUCUGACCCGGCGGCGGCGCGUGAGAAGGAGCAGGAGCAGGUGCAGCCGUGGCGGGAGCAGGUGACGCUGCGCGGCAUGGUGGCGGCGCUGCUGAUCGGCUUCAUGUACACCGUCAUCGUCAUGAAGAUCGCGCUCACCACGGGUCUGGUGCCCACGCUGAACGUCUCCGCCGCGCUGAUGGCGUUCCUCGCGCUCCGCGGGUGGACGCGCGUGCUGGAGCGCCUCGGCGUGGCGCACCGCCCCUUCACGCGCCAGGAGAACUGCGUCAUCGAGACCUGCGCCGUUGCGUGCUAUACCAUCGCGUUCGGCGGUGGGUUCGGCUCCACGCUGCUGGGCCUGGACAAGAAGACGUACGAGCUGGCCGGGGCCUCGCCGGCCAACGUGCCGGGGAGCUACAAGGACCCUGGAUUCGGCUGGAUGGCCGGAUUCCUCGCGGCGAUCAGCUUCGCCGGCCUCCUAAGCUUGAUUCCCCUCAGAAAGGUUUUGGUCAUUGACUACAAGUUAACUUACCCAAGUGGAACUGCAACUGCUGUUCUCAUAAACGGUUUCCACACCAAGCAAGGAGACAAGAAUGCAAAGAUGCAAGUCCGUGGGUUUCUGAAGUACUUUGGGCUUAGCUUCAUAUGGAGUUUUUUCCAGUGGUUCUACACAGGCGGUGAUGUUUGCGGUUUUGUUCAGUUUCCUACAUUCGGUCUGAAGGCUUGGAAGCAAACAUUCUUCUUUGAUUUUAGCCUCACAUACGUUGGUGCGGGGAUGAUUUGUUCGCACCUUGUGAAUAUCUCCACCCUCCUUGGUGCAAUCUUGUCAUGGGGGAUACUGUGGCCACUGAUAAGCAAACAAAAAGGGGAGUGGUACCCUGAAAAUAUACCAGCAAGCAGCAUGAAAAGCUUAUAUGGUUAUAAGGCUUUCCUCUGUAUAGCUCUGAUCAUGGGAGACGGUACUUACCACUUCUUUAAGGUCUUUGGUGUCACUGUUAAGAGCCUUCAUGAACGACUAAACCGGAAACGUGCUACCAACAGAGCGGCAAACGGCGGGGAUGAAAUGGUGCCACUUGACGAUCUACAACGUGAUGAGAUCUUCAACGACGGGUCUUUCCCCGCCUGGGCAGCUUAUGCCGGAUACGCAUCGCUGACCGUCAUUUCAGUGAUCACCAUCCCACAUAUAUUCAGGCAGAUCAAGUGGUACUACGUCAUCGUGGCCUACGUCCUCGCCCCUCUUCUCGGUUUCGCCAAUUCAUACGGGACAGGGCUCACCGACAUCAACAUGGCCUACAACUACGGCAAGAUCGCGCUCUUCAUCUUCGCAGCCUGGGCUGGCAAGGACAACGGCGUCAUCGCCGGCCUUGCCGGCGGCACCCUAGUGAAGCAGCUGGUGAUGGCGUCCGCGGACCUGAUGCACGACUUCAAGACAGGCCACCUGACCAUGACGUCGCCGAGGUCCCUGCUCGUGGCGCAGUUCAUCGGGACGGCCAUGGGCUGCGUCGUCGCGCCUCUCACGUUCCUGCUCUUCUACAACGCGUUCGACAUCGGGAACCCCAACGGUUACUGGAAGGCGCCCUACGGGCUGAUCUACCGGAACAUGGCGAUCCUUGGCGUGGAGGGCUUCUCCGUGCUGCCCAAGCACUGCCUCGCGCUCUCCGCUGGGUUCUUCGCGUUCGCGUUUGUCUUCAGUGUUGCCCGGGACGUCCUGCCACGGAAGUACGCGAGGUUCGUGCCCCUGCCAAUGGCGAUGGCCGUGCCGUUCCUUGUGAAUGGGAGCUUCGCGAUUGAUAUGUGCGUUGGGAGUCUGGUCGUCUUUGUCUGGAACAAGAUGAACAGGAAGGAGGCUGUGUUCAUGGUGCCUGCGGUUGCGUCCGGUUUGAUCUGUGGAGACGGCAUAUGGACCUUCCCGUCUUCCGUGCUCGCUCUGGCCAAGAUCAAGCCACCGAUCUGCAUGAAGUUCACACCUGGAAGCUAG